AUUCUAAUCUGAGAAGUCUAAUCUCAACUAAAAGUCGCAAUGACCGGUCGCGGUAAGGGAGGUAAAGGUCUGGGGAAAGGAGGAGCCAAGCGUCACAGGAAGGUGCUCCGUGAUAACAUCCAGGGUAUCACCAAGCCCGCCAUCCGUCGUCUCGCCCGCAGAGGUGGCGUCAAGCGUAUCUCCGGUCUGAUCUACGAGGAGACCCGCGGUGUUCUCAAGGUGUUCCUCGAGAACGUGAUCCGUGACGCGGUCACCUACACCGAGCACGCCAAGAGGAAGACCGUCACCGCCAUGGACGUCGUCUACGCUCUGAAGCGUCAGGGCCGCACCCUCUACGGUUUCGGUGUUUUCGAAAUGGCCCGUACCAAGCAGACCGCUCGUAAAUCCACCGGUGGUAAAGCGCCCCGUAAACAGCUCGCCACCAAGGCGGCCCGCAAGAGCGCGCCAGCCACCGGGGGCGUCAAGAAGCCCCAUCGUUACAGGCCCGGCACCGUCGCCCUCCGUGAGAUCCGUCGCUACCAGAAGAGCACCGAGCUUCUGAUCCGCAAGCUGCCCUUCCACCGUCUGGUGCGUGAGAUCGCUCAGGACUUCAAGACCGACCUGCGCUUCCAGAGCUCUGCCGUUAUGGCUCUCCAGGAGGCCAGCGAGGCUUACCUAGUAGGUCUCUUCGAGGACACCAACCUGUGCGCCAUCCACGCCAAGCUCGCAAUGACCGGUCGCGGUAAGGGAGGUAAAGGUCUGGGGAAAGGAGGAGCCAAGCGUCACAGGAAGGUGCUCCGUGAUAACAUCCAGGGUAUCACCAAGCCCGCCAUCCGUCGUCUCGCCCGCAGAGGUGGCGUCAAGCGUAUCUCCGGUCUGAUCUACGAGGAGACCCGCGGUGUUCUCAAGGUGUUCCUCGAGAACGUGAUCCGUGACGCGGUCACCUACACCGAGCACGCCAAGAGGAAGACCGUCACCGCCAUGGACGUCGUCUACGCUCUGAAGCGUCAGGGCCGCACCCUCUACGGUUUCGGUGGUUAA